AUGGCCCUGCCAAUGAAGACGGCCAUGAAGAAGGCCAGCGCCAUGAAGGCCAGCGCCAUGAAGUCCAAGGCCAUGAAGGCCAUGAAGAAGAAGGCCAUCAGCACCAUCGCACGGGGCAAGCGGGCGAAGGUGGCCGUCUUCAAGGGCAGCAAGGAGAAGACCUCCACGGGCCUCCACAAGACCGACCUGAUGAAGAACAAGAGCGGCCGGGUUGUGACCAAGAAGCAGCACGCCAAGGGGAAGGCCCUGUUCCAGCAGUUCGCCAAGAAAUGGCUUGAGGCCUGCAUGCAGGCUAGGAAGGAGCUUGGCCUGAAGGGAUUCUGUGCGAUUGGCGGCAAGAGCGCCCAGGGGAAGGCGCUCUAUGCCAAGGCAAAGGCGCUGAGCGAUGACGACACCGACGUCGAAAGCGGCUCCUCCCCAGACUACGAAGGGGAAGAGGACUGGGAUGCCGAGGCUGGCUUCGGCAAUGGGCAGGAGAGCCGUGGCAAGGCUACUCCCACGAAAGAGUGCCCCAAGGUCGAGAUUCCGCUGCCCCCUGUAUCUCCGAGCGCCGCGACCUCACAGUUGAACCUUCACCCUCAAGAACCUCUCUACCUGAAGGGAACACAAUUGGUUCUUGUAAAAUGCUCCGGCGGCUGUGCCUGGGUGCUGCGCAUGGCGCCGCCCAGAGCUCCGCGCCGCUGCAAGGAAGUUCCGCGGGUCUCGGGGGCGUUUGCCGACUGCCCGCAGUGCUGCCGCACUGGCGGCUGGGGCGCUGCUGUCGUUAGUGGUGGGCUCUUCGGGCAGCUGCAGGCCGACGCGAGCUCCCAGUCGCUGCAUUCCGGCGUUCCUGACAGCAUCCAUGCGCAGUUCGCCGUGCACGGGCAGCGGCACGCGCAAGCUAUUUUAGAACGGGGCGCGUGGUCAAGAUGGCAGGGACAGCGAGAAGGAGCGGUGAUGGGAGGCCUAUCCCAGUCCGUUUCAGUUCUUUUGGGCCAUCAGUUCUCUACGAUGUUCUACGUCAAGAUUCCUAAGCUCUCUACUCGCCUAUCAAUCUUCAGCAAGGGCGAGGAUGUCUGGCUGCUCCUGGACUUCGUAGACUUCGCCGAGGCGUCUUGGGUGGGUGGAGUUGUGGGCUUGUGUGAUUAUGGCCGCCUACAGGAGACCUGGGCCACGGCGCUGCGGUCACUGCCAGCCGGUGUGCAGCACCUCGAGGACCUCGAGGAGGCUCUGGGGGCACGUGCGGCGGAGCUUUUCGAGCAUUUCGUGGAGUCGGCGCGGGAUGGAGCUGCAGGCUUCGGGGCAUCGGCUGCCCGGAACAGCCUGGCGCAGGACUAUUCCUUCGCCCUGCUGGGGCGGCGAGAGGCGCGCGCCGUGGCACGGGUGCUGCGCGAGCGCGGCGUCCAUGUGGUGGUGGACCCCAUGGCCGGCACGGGUCUGCAUGCGCGGCUCCUGUCGGAUGAGGGCCUCGGGGUGGUCGCCUCGGACGCCCGGCCCGGCACCCCCCGUGGUCUUUGUUGGCACCCAGUGAGCCAGAGGUUGCUGGAGGCCGCACCAGUCCCGGCGCCCGAGCACACCGGAAGCGCCCUGUUCUUGAGCUGGCCACCACGCAGUGAGGCCGCCACGGCCGCUCUGCGCUCCUUUGGUGGCCCGAUGUUGGUGGUGGUCGGCGACCGGGGGCAGUGGCACGGCUCUGCGGCCUUCCACCGCGCGCUGGAGGAGGACUGGGAGGUCGUCGCGGAGAUGGACAUUGUGACCUGGCCCCGGCUGCAGGACAUGGGGGCACGUGGCUUGCGGGCGACCAUCUCGGAGAAGAGCGGUAUGGUUCGGUUCACUCUUCUGGAUUUGAGGCUGAUUCGGAGAUAUUUUUCGCGAGCUUUUGUGAGCUGGGACACUAGCAGCUCCUUUGCGGUUGAAGGCUUCAAGGCCCUGGAAGCGUUGCCGGCGCUGUCGGCUGCAGCAGCUGCAGCGGCCUUUGAUGCUGCAGGCAUCCAGCCUGAAGUGCUGCAAAGCCUGCUCAAGGAACAUCAACGCUUCGCGGGCGCCGUGGCCACGGAGGUACCAGCACCGUCAGGCCCGGUUGGCCCAAACGCGGCCCCGCCGCUCGUGAUCUCCGUGUCUGAGGCCCUUGCAUCCACGGAGGAGAGCGGUGUGGCGACACCAAAGACAAAGACCACGGUCAUGUUGCGCAACUUGCCGAACAAUUACACGCGUUCUAUGGUGCUGAACUUGCUGAAUCAGGAAGGCUUUAAGGGCAAGAUCGACUUCCUGUAUCUUCCAGUUGAUUUUAGGUCAAAGGCCGGCUUGGGUUACGCGUUCGUCAAUCUGGUCGAGCCCUGUUUUGUGCCGCAAUUUUGGAAGGCUUUUGACGGCUUUACGAAGUGGGUGUUUGUCAAGUGCCGGGCUCGGCAUGGUAGCAGCUUGGAAGGUCAGUUGGAGUGGUCCUCACCAGGCUCCGCGGCACAGGAAGUGAGGCCGCUGACGUGGGGCAAAGAUUUUGAGGAGGCUGGCAAUGCCAAGCAGCAUGUUGUCAGGGUAUGUUGCCUGGACCCAGCAAGAACGGGCCCGUACACCCGUGAGUUUGGGCUACGGGGCAUUCCAGGCGCUGCCAAUACCUGCCUUGUCAAUUUGUGCAUCCAUGCGCCUGUGGCGCAGAAACGCGUGGCCAAGGGACAAGAUCCGACUGGCUUUAAGGACUUUACCAAUGACUUGCACCUUCCGGGCCUGAAGACGUCUGAGCGCCUCGGCCUUCCGCCACUCGGAGGCCUCUGCGCCGCCCUCGUCCUGCUCGGCGGGCGUUCGUUCAUUCAGGUGGCCCCCUUGGCGGCGCCACGCGUUUUCUCGACGCCGCGCUGUGCCGUGGAGGCUCCUUUGGAUCCAGACCUCUUGAAAAGCGCGACCGAGGAACUUGCAGAGCUCGAGGAGCGCGCGGCCCGAGACGAUGCGGACGCCCAGUUCAGGCUGGGCCAGCUACUGCGCAAAGGCCGAGUGGUGGAGAAGGACAUGGUUCGAGCGUUCCAGCUGGUGCUCUCCGCCGCCGAGCAGGAGCAUGUGAGGGCGCAGUAUCUGAUCGGGCUCAUGCUGAUCCGCGGGGAGGGCUGUGAGAUCGAUGAGGAGACCGGCGUCAACUUCGUGCUCAUGGCGGCCGAGGACGGACUGCCAGCUGCCCAGCACGCCAUGGCAAAGAUCUACCUUACGGGUGUCGGCCCGCAGGGAAAGGACCUGCUGUCAGGCGUCUACUGGCUGAAGCAGGCAGCAGCCAGGGAUCACCUCCAAGCGCAGCUGAUGCUGGGGAACAUGCUCCUGAGCGGGAACGGCGUGCGCAGAAAUGCAACGCUGGCUGGCGACUACUUCCUUCUGGCUGCCAAGAAGGGGUCCGACGAGGCGCAAGAAGUGGUUGGCCAAAUGUUUCGAACGGGCACCGGCUUUGACCAAGACAAGGACUCAGCCAUGGCCUGGAUGUCGAAGGCAGCUGAGCAGGGCCGCGCCGAGGCCUGUAUCGCCCUGGCCUCGAUGUACCGGAAGGGUGAGGGCAGUGUGAGGGAUGCAGCUACGGCUCUCCACUACUUCAAGAAGGCCGCUGAGGCCGGCAGCCCUGACGGGGCCAACGAGCUCGCAGUCAUGUACCUAACUGGCGAGGGCACGCUGCCGAACGAGGAAGCCUCUGCAUACUGGUUCCAGCGUGCCACCGAGCUUGAGGAGCACCGCCGCGCGGACGAGGAGUACCACGUCAUGAAGGCCAGCCCAAUGAAGGCCAAAGCCAAGGCGAUGAAGGGAAUGAAGGUGAUGAAGAAGAAAGCUGUCAGCAACAUCGCUCGCGGCAAGCUUGCGAAGAUGGUUGUCUUCAAGGGGCGCAAGGAGAAGACCUCGACGGGUCUCCAGAAGACGCACCUCAUGAAGAACAAGCGUGGCAAGGUCGUUACGAAGAAGCAGCACGCCGUGGGCGUGGCGCUCUUCAAGAAGAUCGGCCAGCGCUGGCUCGAGGCAGUCACGACGGCGAGGAAGGAGCUUGGGAUCAAGGGGUUUUGCCCAGUUGGCGGAAAGAGCGCUCAGGGCAAGGCGCUCUAUGCCAAGGCCAAAGCGCUUUACGCUGCUUGA